AUGUCAUCAGCACGCUUUUACGAGACUUCAACGAGCGGUUUGAACUUCGAUCGAUUUGUUGAUCGUUUUGAUGAAUCAACAUUCACCAAGGUUCGACAACAGUAUUGGACAGCCAAACAGUUAAUUCGAUCGAAACUCGGCAAAAAAGAGGAUGAACAUUUGUUGGCAUCAGAUGCAGAAUUUGAUGCAAAAUUGAGUCUUUUCCGAUCUUUACGUGAAACAUCGGAUCAAAUGUUAUGUUGUAUCGAUGAUUAUCAACACUUUCUUGGAGAGUUGAUUCAAAUGGAGAUAAAUUUCGGUAGAAUGUUGAAAGAGGAAUCGAAGUCAGAGAAGGAUGAUACGGCGCGUGCGAUGACUGCAAUAGGCCGAGUUCAAACGCUUUCUGCUCACCAUCGACAACAAAUACGAGGUCCGUUACUACGUUUCCUCAGCGAAUUACAAGUUUUUACUGAACGAGCAAUCAUGGACUGUGCCGAUACGGUAGAUGCUGCCGAAAGAGCACGUAUUGAAUACAGGGGCUCGUUACUUUGGAUGAAGAAAACCAGUAAUGAGCUGGAUCCAGACACCGAAAAUGCGAUGGAAAAUUUUCGAACGGCGCAAUCAGUGGUGAGGAGAAACAAGGAACGUUUGGAUGGUUUGAAGUUGGAUACAUUGCAAAAAGUUGAUUUACUUGCAGCAAGUCGGUGUAAUCUCUUUUCACAGUUGCUUGAAAGUUAUCAGAAGUGUCUCUACAAAUAUUUUGAUCAAAUAUCAUCGGCAUAUUCGAGGAUUUACACAGUUGUUUCUGGUUCCAAACACUAUGAAUUCGAAGUGCUCAAGGAACUUAUGGAGCCAGCGAUUGAAGCAGCACCGAAUGAGUCGGAUGAAACUGGUGAAGAUGCAGUUGUUGAGCGUUCAGAAAGUUUAAUUGAAAUCGACGAAAUGAAUCAACAAAUGGAUCGAAUUUUAUUCGGAAUAGAAGAUUGUCAAAACGUCCUGGACAGUGAUAUAUUCAACGAGAGAGAUGACAGUCCAUUGGGACAAACUGAAGAUUUACCAGCAACAACGUCACCAACAAACCCAACACAAAUGGGUAAUACAAAAGCUGAAAUUGGUCCGUUACCAGAAAAAUAUUUAAUAAAUUCUCAAGUUCCAAGGAUCUCUCCACCACCCGGAUGGAGCGCUAACAGAGGCAAGUUUAGUUUGCAAAUGGUUUAG